AUGGCAUAUGGUAAAUUUGAAGAAAAACAUUGGAAAAGAAAUUGUCCACUAACAACAGCCGCACUUCAAGCUGUUUAUGUUGGAUCAAAAACACAAAAUAAAUUUCAACUUGAGUUUGUAUUAAAAGGGUUAUAUUUAAAUGCGAAUCCAGUGACAUCAAUAUUAUAUUUAGUGUUAUUAAAUCAAUACAUUGAAACUAAUUCAAAUCCUCCUAAAUUUUUAUCAAGUGAAGGAAAAAUUAAGAAAUCAUUACUUUCAGAAAAUCAAUCAAUCAAUCUUAUUUAUGCGUCACAACAAGAUCAAAAAAUUGAUAAGGAAAUUAAAAAGACACAAGAAAAGAAUUUUUAUUGUGAUCAUAAAUCUCAAAAAUUAAUGAAAAAGAUUGGAAGAUGUUGUUUACAUUUGAUAAAACCAAAUGAAAAGGUAACAAUAAAAAAUGAUUUUGAUUGUUUACUUAAAAUGGUACUAAUUGAUUCAGUCAAGUUUUUCCCUCAUCAAUAUCAAUCUAAAGAAGUUCAAAAUCAUCUUUGUCAAUUUAAGUUAUUAAAUAAUAUUAUUGAUUAUGUUAAUAAACAUUAUUGUUGUGAAUGCAAAAAAAGAAAAGAAUAUUUAAAAAUGGUUAUUGUUCAUUUUAUUAAACGACCUAUUCUUUUUAAUUAUUUUACACCAAGUCAAAUGAAUAACUUUAUGAAAAUAUUUUUUAUUGAAUGUAAAUGUAAAAAUAUUUCAUCACUUCCACCAAAUCUUCCAUUUAUUUGUCCAUCUUCAAUUGAAUUAAAAGUAAUAAUAUUGUCAUCUUUAUUACCUCAAAAUAAUAAUAUGCAACAAGCUAUUAUUGAUUUAUAUUCUCAAUUAAAUGGAAAAGAAAAAGGACUAAAAGGAUAUUAUGAAGUACUUUUUCCAUGUUUUCCUAUUCAAAAUUAUGAAAAUUGUUUAAAACUAAGUAAAAGUCCAUUAGGUAAUGAAAGUUGUUAUUUAUUAUAUCGUUCUUUAUUAAAUCAACCAACUUUACCUAAUGACAUUCGCAUUGAUACUUCAUCUCAACUUAAUUACUGUAUUCUUCGUGGUCUUUAUACUAUUCGUGGAGAACUUACUACUACUUCUCAAGCUCCAAAAACAUCUUCAAAUGUAUUAUUAGGUCAAUUAAUUGCAUUUGAAGAUCAACUUAAAGUACCAUAUUCAAAACAACUUCAUUUUCCAAUAAUUCCUGAUUCAAUGAAUGAAGAACUAACAUUAGUUUAUGCAAGAAUUAUUUUGUUUAUUAUUGACAAAUCAAAUUCACAUCUUUCUAAUGCUGUAAGGUUUAGAAAUUAUUCUUUUAAUUUAAAACCAUUUAAAAAUGCAAUUAAAACAAUUUUUGAAGAAGGUAAUUCAUCCCAAGAAUUAUGUGAACUAGUUGUUUAUUUAUAUUAUAAAUUGUUUUAUUCUUCAGAAGACAAAUUAGUUCAAAAGAAAGUAUUAUUAUUAAUGGUUGCUUUAACAAAAAAAUUUGAGAGGUGUUUAAUUAUUAACAAGAUUAAAUCUUGUCAAGAGGAAUUUAUUACUUUAUGUCUUCAACGAUUUGUUAAAUCUCCUUCAUUCUAUCUUAUUCAAUUUAUAGAAAAAUUAGAAAAAGCUCGUUUUAUUAUUGCCACAAAUCCUUCAUUCCCUCAAUUUGUAUUAAAUGCUCCUCUACCACUUGAUGUUGAUACUAUUUCAUUUUUUACUUUAAUUCUUCCUUUUGAAUCAAAAUAUGUAUCUACAAUAAUUAGUUCUGUUAUUGCAUCUCUUCCUCCUCUUCUUGCUGAUCCAAUUGCUGUAAAUGUUAUGUCAUAUUAUAAAACAGGAGAAAUUGUUAAAUUUGUUGAAAAUGAUUAUAUUGACGAAAAACUCUAUUUAGCCAUUUGUAAAUUUACAAACCAGUUAUACUCUCUCAGUAAAGUUAUUCGAACUUCACUUCCAAUAUUUCUUGCUAAUUUAAUGCCAUGUUCUUCAUCAAGUGCAUUUGCAUUUUAUGAAAUUGUAUUAAAUUGUGAUGAUAAAAAAGGGUUGUAUGAUUUACUUGAGGCUACUAUUAUUAUUUUAGAUAAAGACAUUAUCAUUGAUGAAGUAUCAGGAAUUAUUAAAGGAGCUACAAUGAGCAUAUUAAGAAAAUUAAAAAAGAAUGAUAUUGAUAUUGUUUUAUCUAAACUUACAAAAACUCAAAAAGUGAUAUUAAAAACAUUAUUUGAAGAACAUGAAUCAUUAAAUAUUUCUAAGAAGAAAUAA